AUGCUGGAUGCCGUGAAGGAGCAUGGAGGGGGUGUCAACUGCAUGACCCUCAGUGAGGACAGUUCAAUUCUUGUCACUGGUUUCGAGGACAGGUCGAUAAGAGUGUGGACGACAAAAACGAAGCGUUGUGAGUGCAUUGGAAUUUUGACUGGACACGAGAAGUACAUAUCAUCGGUGGUCAUCGAGGAGGUCUUUGUGGUCAGUGGAAGUGCCGACAACACGUUGAGGAAGUGGGACAUGUCAGUGUCUGAUUGCAUGCUCGUCUUCCAGGGGCACACAGGUCGGAUUAACCGCAUUGUCUGCACAGGAGACUUCUUAUUUAGCAGUUCGAACGACAGGAGCAUCCGUUGCUGGGACUUCGACACAGGCGAUUGCAUCAGGGAGUUCACCGGCCACACGAAUUGCGUCUUUCCACUCAUCUUCGUACCAGCUGAAGACGCCGACCUUGAAACUGACUUCAUUCAACUGAAUCCAAAUGAAAUGCCGAAAAGUUCAAAGAUCAAGGAUAUCAUCAUAAGCGGAUCCACUGAUCAGACCGCCAGAUCAUGGUCAUUCGAAACCGGUCAAACGUUGCGAGUGUUCACGGGUCACUCCGGUAUAGUGACAUCCAUAUCGACAGAUGUGGAGGCCAAGAUACUGUUCACCUGCUCCACUGAUGGAACUGUCAGGAGUUGGAAGAUGGAAAGUGGCGAAUGUUUGAAGAUUUAUGAAGGACAUACAGGCGGAAUCAUCUGCAUGACGAUUGUCAACAGAACCAUCUUCACGGGCAGUUCUGACCAGACGGCCAGGGGUUGGACGAUAGAUUGGGGUAGUAAGGACCCUGUCCUCUUCACCGGCCACUCAAAUACCAUCUUCUGUAUCAAGUUCUACGAAGGGAUGGUGUUUACUGGCAGCAGCGAUGGGAGUGUGUUGUGCUUUGACUCGAAGACAGGCGAGUUGAGGAGGGCCUUCAGAGGUCCACCACACACGUCCAUCAAUUCUAUGCAGUUUGUGGAAAGUAGAUUGUUCACCGGAUCUACGGAUGGCACGCUGAGGGUGUGGACGUUGAAGGGCCUGAGGAGGACCCCACCGGCAUCUCAGGGCAGCCAGCCCCCAACAACAACAACAAUUCCUCAAAACAACAUCAACAAAAAACCAUAUUUAGUAGCUCCAAACAACAACAUUGAUAACACAAACAACAGCGUCAACAAUAAUAAUAAUAACUAUAGGAAUAAUAUGAAAAGUCCUAUUAAUUCAACUAAUAAGAAGAACAACAACGAUGUUGACGGGAACGUAACGUAA